CAGCGCCUGCUGGGAGUUGUAGUUCCCGCGGCCGCUCCCGGCGCGCCUGGUUCCUCCUGGAUACUGAGGUCCCAAAGCGGCUGUCGCGAGACCGGGGCCGAGGCUGCAAGCGCUGCAGGGCCUGGAGGGGGCGCGCGACGAGCCUGCCUGCUUCCUGUACGGGUGGUCCCCACGCACCGCGGGGCCCCAGCCCAAAGUGGACCUUGACUACCGCCCAGCCCCGCGCUCCCAGGACCUCCCGCCCGCACAGCCCACUCUGAUUGCUCUUCGUCCGGGUCAGCGGAGGCCCAGUCUCCUGUACCCGGCGCCGGGGCUGCUCCGCACCAGGCGGCUCCCUUUCAGCAGCUGCGGGAGCAUGCGAAGGAGGUCCUGCCGACCCCGCAGGUCAUGGAGGAGUUCCGGCGCUGCUACAGCCGCUUGUGCAGGGAGAGUGGGGCCGAGCCCCAGGAGGCUGUCCUGCAGCAGCUGCACCAGCUUCCCAGGGGCCGGCUGGACCUGGCCACGCAGAGCCUGACAGUGGACACCUGCAGGGCCCUAGGCAAGCUGCUGCCGAGGGAGACGCUGUGUACGGAGCUGGUCCUAAGCGACUGCAUGCUCAAUGAGGAAGGUGGGCAGGCCCGACAGGGGGCCACACUGCUGCUCCGAGGCCUGUGUGCCAACACCGUGCUGCGCUUUCUGGACCUAAAGGGCAACAACCUUCGAGCCACCGGGGCUGAGGCUCUGGGAAAACUCCUCCAACAGAACAAAUCCAUUCAGAGCCUUACACUGGAGUGGAACAACUUGGGCACGUGGGAUGAUGCUUUUGCUACCUUCUGUGGGGGCUUGGCAGCCAAUGGCACGCUGCAGAAGCUGGACCUCCGCAACAACCAGAUCAGUCACAAGGGCGCCGAGGAGCUGGCCCUGGCCCUGAAGGGCAAUGCCACCCUCCAGCAGCUGGACCUGCGCUGGAAUAACAUUGGCCUCCUGGGGGGCCGGGCUCUCAUGAACUGUCUCCCCAACAACAGAACCCUGUGGAGGCUAGACCUGGCUGGGAACAACAUCCCCGGAGAUGUCCUCAGAGCUGUGGAGCAAGCCAUGGGCCACAACCAGGACCGGCUCACCACCUUAAAGGAGAACCACGCCCGCACUCACGUGCUCAGCAGGGAGGUCCAGCACCUCAGGGAGGAGAAGUCCAAGCAGUUUUUAGACUUGAUGGAGACCAUUGAUAAACAGCGGGAAGAGAUGGUUAAGACCAGCAGGGCAUCAGCAGCCCACAUAGGGCAGCUUCAGGAAGCCCUGAAUGAGAGGCACUCCAUUAUCAACGCUCUCAAGGCCAAGCUGCAGAUGACAGAGGCUGCCCUGGCUCUGUCAGAGCAGAAGGGCCAGGACCUGGGGGAGCUCCUGGCCACAGCAGAGCAGGAGCAGCUGAGCCUGUUGCAGAGGCAGGCCAAGGAGCGCAGGCUGGAGCAGCAGGAAGCUGCGGAGCGGGAGUCUAAGUUCCUCAGAGACUUGUCUGCUGCCAAUGAGAAGAACCUGCUUCUGCAAAACCAGGUAGAUGAGUUGGAGCGGAAGGUCAAGUGUCAGCAGGAGCAGCUGUUCCAGACCAGGCAGGAGCUGACCAGCAUGUCGGCCCAGCUGAAGAUGCAGGCCAUCCAGGCCGAGGAGCGCCUGGACAUGGAGAAGAGAAGGUCCAGACAGAGCCUGGAGGACUCGGAAAGCCUGCGCAUCAAGGAGGUGGAGCACAUGAGCCGCCACCUGGAAGAGAGCGAGAGGGCCCUGCAGGAGCGGGUGCAGAGGCUGGAGGCCAUGCGGCUGUCCUUGGAGGAGGAGCUGAGCCGGGUGAAAGCAGCAGCACUCAGUGAGCGUGGCCAGGCUGAGGAGGAGCUGAUCAAGGCCAAGAGCCAGGCCCGCCUGGAGGAGCAACAGCGCCUGGCUCACCUGGAGGACAAGCUGCGGCUGCUAGUGCAAGCGCGGGAUGAGGCGCAGGGCGCCUGCCUGCAGCAGAAGCAGGCAGUGGUGGAGGCCCAGACCCGGGCCAGCCAGCUGGGCCUGCAACUGGAGGGCCUGCGGCGGCGCCUGGAAGAGCUGCAGGAGGACCUGAGCCACAAGGACCAGGAAAGGGUGGCCGAGGUGAGCAGGGUGCGUGUGGAGCUGCAGGAGCAGAACGGCCGGCUGCAGGCGGAGCUGGCGGCUCAGGAGGCGCUGAGGGAGAAGGUGGCGGCCCUGGAGCGCCAGCUGAAAGUGAUGGCGAGCGACCACCGAGAGGCGCUGCUGGACAGGGAGAGCGAGAACGCGUCUCUCCGGGAGAAGCUGCGGCUCCGGGAGGCGGAGAUCGCCCGCAUCCGGGACGAGGAGGCCCAGAGGGCGAGCUUCCUGCAGAACGCCGUCCUGGCUUACGUGCAGGGAUCCCCCGUGCGGAACCUGAGCCCCCCAAAGUGAGGCAGGCCGGGAGGACCCGGGCGCAGCAGGCGUGCAUCAGGGAGCGCGCGAGAUGGACCGGGGUUCGCGUCCUGCCCGCGCUGCCUCUUCCUUUGAGACCCGGGCCGUCGGGUCCAAGCGGGGGUUGCAGCGACUGGAGGAGGUGUCGCGGCCGCGGGGCGACCCCGUGGGAGGCGCCUAGGAAGGGCUCCCUCCCUGCCCCUUCGUCCCAGUCGACGCCGCCUGGGAGCGCACCGGGAAGGGGUCCCGCGGGUGCGUCUCCCCCUCGCCAUUUGCGAUGUCACCCUGAACGCUGCGACCGCCUGCACGCGGCGGGAUUUGGAAAUACAGCGUGUUUGCACUUUGUGAUA